CCACACGCGUCGAGACCGGCCGAAAGGACGCGCAGUGAACCUCUGGCUAUUACAUUCUGGGCUGGAUGCGACAGCACGUGUCGUGAGCUCGCGACGAUGGGCACGCUCUCCCAGGCCGACGAGGCGCAACUGAAGGCACAGCUGCAGGACGCGGCCGUGUCUUGCACCGAGCGCUGUCUCUACCAGUCGGCGAAAUGGGCCGCAGAGCUGCUCAAUUCGCUCCCUUCAGCCGAUGACGCCGGCUCCGAGACCGACGUGGACUCGCCCAUGUCUGAUGCGCCACCACGCACCCCGAACAACGUACCGAAAGACCCAAUAGAGCUGCGAUUAGAGGCUCGAGAAGCCCACAAAUACCUCCUCGCGAAGACGUACUUCGACUGCCGCGAGUUCGACCGAUGCGCCGCCGUCUUCCUCCCUAGCACCCUACCGAAGGGCUCCAUAUACACCACAUCCUCGCCAUCGACCAGGGCGAAGCAGAAAGGGAAGGCGAAGCUGGACACACCUGCCGAGGCCGAGGCCUCGACGGGCUCCGUGCAUGGGCUGAGCCAGAAGUCGCUGUUUCUGGCACUGUACGCAAAAUACAUCGCAGGCGAAAAGCGCAUGAAUGAGGAGCGAGAGAUGAUCCUAGGCCCGCAGGACGGAGGUGUGAUUCUAAACAAGGAGCUGCCGACCAUAUCCGCCAUCCUUGAAGAGUGGUUCAACCACCUGCCGUCGAGUGGCAGACAAGCACAGGGAUGGCUGGAGUACCUGUACGGCAUCGUUCUGGCGAAAGGGAAGAACGAGAAGCUAGCCAUGGACUACUUCAUCCGGAGCGUCCAUCAGUACACGUACAACUGGGGUGCUUGGCAAGAGCUGACUGCCCUGCUCGGCACGGUAGAAGAGCUGAACCAGAUUAUCCCGCGACUGCCUCAAAAUAUUAUGACAUUCGUAUUCCAUGUUGCCGCCUCACAGGAGCUCUAUCAAUCGACCGAGCAGGUCCACAGCGCCUUAACCCAGGUCCUCUCCAUUUUCCCGACAUCCUCAUUCUUGAAGACACAGCGCGCGCUGCUGCACUAUCACGCCAAAGACUUUGAAGAAGCCGAGCAGAUAUUUUCCAACAUGCUAAUAGCCGAACCACACCGCAUCGACCAUCUCGACCACUAUUCCAACAUUUUAUACGUUAUGGGAAUGAGACCGAAGCUAGCCUUCUUGGCUCAGCUUGCAUCGUCCACCGACCGAUUCCGACCGGAGACCUGCUGCGUUGUGGGCAACUAUUACUCCCUGAAGUCUGAACAUGAGAAAGCCGUCAUGUAUUUCCGUCGAGCCUUGACUCUGGAUCGUACCUUCCUUUCCGCGUGGACACUUAUGGGCCACGAGUUCUUGGAAAUGAAGAAUACCCAUACGGCUAUUGAAUCCUAUCGCCGCGCCGUGGACGUUAACAGAAAAGAUUACCGCGCGUGGUACGGCCUAGGCCAAACAUACGAGGUGCUGGAAAUGCACUCGUACGCUUUAUUUUAUCAUCAGCGCGCCGUUGCGCUGCGACCAUACGACCCGAAGCUGUGGAUGGCUGUCGGCCAAUGUUUCGGCAAGGUCGGAAAAGUCACCAAUGGUAUCCGAGCCUACAAGCGUGCUCUAGUAGCCGGAUCCUACUAUGAUGCAGGUGUCGGCUCAUCCUUUAGCUCUGGCGAAGUAUCGGGACUCGGUGGUGGCGUUCUCGACCCCGAGGUGCUCUAUUCGAUCGCUCUCCUGUACGAGCGUCUGCAUGAUAUGCCAGAGUGCGCCGCUUACAUGGAGCUCGUUUUGGCACAAGAGGAGGGGCCAGAAUACGACGAAGUAAAUCCCGAGGUGGGCGGCGGAGUUGGCGUGACACCGACGACCAGCAAAGCGAGGCUGUGGCUCGCGAGAUGGGAGUACAUGCGUGGCAUGUAUCAACGAUCCAUGGAGCUUGCAAACGAGCUUUGUCAAGAUGGUGUUGAAGUGGAAGAUGCGAAGGCUCUAGUUAGAGACAUAAGGGCAAGGAUAGAGAGGGAGAAGGACGAGGGACGUGUGCAGUAGGAUAGGAUAACUGAUGGUGAUCGUCGUUAUGGUUAUGUGAGCAUUUGCGGGCGCCUAGGUAUGAUACCCCUCACUGAUAUGUUUUCACGUCGUCUGUAUAUUACUAUGCUAUUGCAUAUGACUGCCUGUGUGCUCCAUUUAGCCCUCCUCUUCCUUCUCCUGCUUUAUUCCCUUUCCAGCGCUCCAAGUCGCUUCAUACGGUUGCCUUGUACGAGCGUUCCGCUGGGACUGCCUGGG